UAGCUUCUAUGAACUGGCUUAUUACCAGUCGGAACGGCCAGGUAAAAAUGGCGAUAGGUCUGGACUACUAGCACUAGCAGUUGUGUAAUCCUCGUAUUUUAACCCUUUUCCACGGCAACCCAACACAUCAAGGCUCGGGAAAUUUUCAUCAAGAUCCAAAGAAAAGGCCUGGGCUACCCAAGUGACACGAAACCCGGAGAAACCGAACAACUGCAACUGUCCUAGUAUGGAUGUCCAACCUUGUUACCAUCAGUAAAGCUGAUGCCACUGGUCUACAGCAAGAUACCCACCUGCACAUCAUGUGACAGCUUUCCUGCACAUCACUACAAGUAGCCAAUAGAAUCCUAGCUGCCCAAGUCAUCCACCAACCACCGAAGAGAUUUGCGUGAACAUCAGUAUUAUAAUAUAAGUCGUAUCUGCUGCUAUAGGAUUAUCGACAAACUCGAAGAAAAUGGCGAAGACCAAGGAAAUGCGGACUUUUAACAUCAGCGUCGUCGGACUUUCCGGAACAGAGAGGGACAAGGGAGCGCAAGGAGUGGGGAAGUCGUGUUUAUGCAACCGUUUUGUACGCCCGCUGGCAGACAACUACUUCCACGAACAUAUCUCGGUGCUGAGUCAGAGCGAUUUCGGCGGCCGCGUUGUCAAUAACGACCACUUCCUCUACUGGGGAGAGGUGACAAAGACUUGGGACGAAGGACAGGACUUCACAUUUCAUGUCGUGGAACAGACAGAAUUUAUCGAUGACACGUCAUUCCAGACUUUAAGGACCUCCACCUUCAUGCCGUACAUCAAGCGAGCGGCUGUGGCAAAGGUGGUGUCCGCAGAGAAACUCAUGUACAUUUGUAAGGAUCAGUUAGGUAUUGAACAGGACUUUGAACAGAAGACAAUGCCAGAAGGGAAGCUGAACAUCGAUGGAUUUAUCCUUGUCUGCGACGUGAGUCUGGUCCAGAAUCGGCCACAGGAAGACCAAAUGCGCUUCCUCCAGAACUGCUUCACAAACCUAGCAAAAACCAAGAAGCCCGCCCUUCUAGUAGCAACCAAAUGCGACGACGCUGUGGACCAGUAUUUGAGAGAGGCGCGGGACUUUGCGUCCAAUCGGAGAGUCGGCAUCCCCCUCGUCGAGACGUCAGCGCACGAGAAUGUGAACGUGGACCUGGCGUUCGUCGUGCUAGCGCAAAUGAUCGACAAGUCCAGAGGGAAGUCUAAGAUCAUCCCUUUCCAUGAAGCGGCGCUGAGACGUAAGGAGGUACUGGACGUGGCGACAGAGGCUUACCAGAACCUGGUGGUACGGACAGUACGAGACUACCACGACACAUGGAACUCUGUCAGCAAGAAACUGGAGAGAGAACCAGACUUCCAGCACUACUGCGACUUACUGGGGAAGAUGUCAGCUAAGAAGCUGUUCAGACGACACAUCAAGAAGUUGAAGGAGGAACAUCAGGCCAGGAAGCAAGUGGAGUACCUGAGUCAGCUGCCACGAGCCCUGGACGCACUCGCUCCAAGUCUAGACCUCAUCUUAGACAGGACUUGGCCGAGUGUACAGAACAUCCUCCAGAGACAGGACCAGUUUGAGGAGUGGUUUGUUGUCCUGCCGGACGACAUGCCCUGGCGGGAGAGUGACCACGUGGACAACCUGGUGGACAAGAGAAUACCCUUCGACCUGCUGGAGAUGCCCGAGGCUGAAACUGUCUUUAAGAACCACGUCAACAAACUACAAGCUGCGCAGAAGAAGGAAAGAAUGAAGCAUGAGUUCAGGAAGUUACUGGAACACACAGGACAUGUUUUACCUGGGAAGCCUUGGGAAGAUGUGCACAUAUUCCUUAUGGAGGAAGAGAGCUACCAGGAACUGACGGAGGGUGAAAAGAUCGACAUCUACAGUUGUCACCAGCGGGAGUUGAUCGAUCGGGCGCGGGAAGACUUCCAGGAGCUCCUGUUCGAGAGAGCCGACCUGUUCGCACGCCUCGAUCCCCACGAACAGAUUUCCCACCAAGACUUGGUCGACAUCAAGGAAGCAUUGCAGGAUGAAUCCAGAUACCAGGCCCUAGCCAGACUAGACAAUGAGAGGGAUGUGUUGUUACUGAAGCACAUCGGCUUCAUCACAUGUCCCUCCAAGGAGACCUGUCUCAGUGGACCCAACUGUAUGGAGAAUUUGUUGCAGAAUGCUGUGGACACUGCUGUACACAGACCGACAUCUUGGAACAGACACAGCCAGUGGAUGUUUGACCCCAACGCUUCACAACUCAACAUAGUCAUACUGGGCGCAGACGGACUGGCAGAUGAACUAGCUAAUGAGAUAAAGUUGCAGUGUAAUGAAGAAGAGUACACCCUGGAUGGGAACAUCUACAGUCUGGAGCUCAGACCUAUAGACGGAGACGUGACCCAGCCCAUGUCAUCCUUCAAAACACCCAAGUUCACUCCAAAUGCUACAUGUAGACGACAUGCCUGUCCCACUGUGUGCCACGACUGUUGCAUCUGUGUGUAUGACUCGGUGGAGUCGCUGAAGUACGCCCAGUCCAGCCUGGAGCAGACCGUCAUCAGAUCAGGAACCCUGUCCAUCGACAAGAAGGAGCGCGCUCCAUUCCAGGGCCUGCCGUGUGCCGUCAUCCUGGCUAGAAACUCCGCAAAUACCGACAAGGACUCGUCCUACCUGCGCGAGGAGGGCCAGCAUUUGGCAGAAAGGCUACAAUGUCCAUUUAUCGAUGUCUCAAGUUCGGAGUUCUUUCCAAACCGGAAGUUUCAGGAGGCCCAGAUCCAGCAGGCCAUGCGAGCCCUCGUGGAGAGUUUCAGACAUCGCGAGGGCUGGAUCGGGUCCCAGAGCAUCGAACAACUCAUGGAACCUGACAUCAAAGUGAAGUUGUGUACUGUGUGUGGCGAUCCCUACAAUGUGGAGUUACCUCUGGCUCCUCUACUGAACCACCAGUGCUGCACUGCUGCUCCAGAGAAGCCAUCCACACUCAUUGUGGAAACUUUCUUAGGUUCUUGCAAGAGAAGAGUGGAGCUGAGACUAACAUCCUUUCACUCAGCGCAGAAGUACAGAGAUGAACUUGUCCAUGGGUACAUUCUGGUCUACUCAGCCAAGAGAAAGGCCUCGCUGGCAAACAUCAGAGCUUUUGCGUCCAGUCUGAAAAACGUGCCAGUCCACAUCCUGGCUGUGACGGAGAGUGGCAGCGUGAACGCGUUCUUCACCAACGACGUGGAACAAGUCCUGAUCACGGAGGGUAACGCCCUGGCCGACAUGCUGAGCGCCAAGUUCAGCACAACAUCCUCACAGUUCCAGAAACAGACGGCAGUCUUCACCCCCUUCUUCAAGGAAUGCUGGGAGAAGAAGGAGAGCACGGAGACGGCGUACAAACGCCAGCCGUCCUCGGAAGACGAGCCCACGGACCGCGAGGUGUGGGACAGCACGUUUGGCAGGGUCCGACCCCCGGCAACUCUACCUAAACCUUCCCGAGUACCCCUGCCAAGUUAUGAUGAAGCCCCACAGAACUACAAUUCAGAUGAAGAGCCGCCUCCGUACAAUGGGGAAGGUUACCAUGACAACCAUCAUGAAGAACACCUCCUCAAGCCCAGCCAGGUCCGAGACCGCCAGCAACAGGGCAGAGGGGAGGCAGCUCACUACCGGUUGGAGGGGUUCCGCUCCCCACGACGGCCCCCUCCCCGCUACCACUCUCUACACCACUCUCCCUCUCUAGCCAGGGUUAGGAAAAUGCACGCAGCUUCCGCUUCCUUCGACCACCCCUCCUAUGAGAGUGGGACGGCCUCCUCUACCGUGUGUAGCUCGGCCGCCAUUGCAUGCCUUGCUACGCUCCCGCGCCCUCCUAUCUCCCAUAGUGAUGGCUGGAUAGACAACAGACUGUACGACAGAACAGCUAGUAGACCAGACAUGACAAGAUGGCAUGAGAACGUUUUAUACAACCAAGUCCGACCACCUGGGAACAAGCCCCUCCCACCUGGACCUAAGCCAAUCAUCCCAGCAAAGCCGCAUGUAGGGAAGUUAAACCCGAGACAGUAUACCAAAGUGGCCGACGCGGUGUCUAGAUUUAAUGAACAAAGCAGCUUGACUCAGCCGAGACAAAGGGAAAGACACCCUUCGUAUAAGGGCAGAGCUCCUCUGGCUACACCAGAAAAUGUGGAAAUAGGGGAGUACGCGAGCGUGCGAGACGCCAUUCCCAACCUCCAACCGUUGCAGCCUUACGGUCAGCUAGAGUCACCACAGUAUGCCUGUCCCCAUGACGCACUGCCAGGAGGAAAGAUCCGAAAAAUUAAGAGUAUACGUGGUCAACCUCAUGGAACAGACAGACAAGCCACCACAGACAGUGACAGUGAGUACAACAGUUCUCUGGAGAGGGAGAGAAGAGACAUCUACAACAAGAUGAACAGGAGACCCACCCCCAAGAAGACGGGAAAACGGCGAGUACCGGACAACGAGGGCUCCCCUCCGCCGAGCAGAGGACCGUACGCUACCACCGACAUCAUCAGAAACAGGCCAACUGGAACAGGGAAUUCGCCAUCAGACGACAGUGCGGGUACUGGUGACGAGUUCCCAAAGAACGCUGGGCUGAAAAAGAAAAAGUCCUUCCGAAAAGGGACGACCAAGCGAAGAGACGCCACGUCCCCUCAGACAUCUGACACUGACGCCAUCUCACCAAGACCAGCGGGAAGGUUUGCUCCUGACUCUGCCUACCAGUCAGACGGUGAUGACGAAGAGAGAAAGAAGCGCAGCAAAGAGCAGGAAAAGCUGGAACGACAGCAGAAAAAAGAUGUCAAGAGAAAACAAAAGGAAGAGGAGAAGCUGAAGAAAAAGAUGGAGAAGCAAAAGUCCAAGACGAAACCAUUCCCCCUGCCUCAGCAGAAGAACCUGAGCGGGAACUAUUUUGGUCUGCCUAUGGAGAAGAUAGUCCAGUCUGAGGACAACCCCAUCCCUCUGUUUGUGGAGAUGUGUGUCAAGUACAUUGAAAAUGAAGGUAUCAGAACGGAGGGCAUCUUCCGUGUGAAUGGAAAAAAAGAGGACACAGACCUGAUUCGUCUGAAAUUUGAUGAAGAGGAGAUUACAGACUUGAACGACCUUCAGGUUGCCGAUGGUGACCACAAGGUCAGUGUGAACGCGGCGGCGGGAGCGCUCAAGUCGUUCUUCGUGGAACUUCCCGACCCUCUCAUCCCUCACAGUGUGCACGACGAUCUGAUCGUAGCGAUAAGCACCAAAGAUGAUCAGAUCAAGGUAAGAAACCUGAAAGAAGUCUUGAGAAAGCUGUCACCCGUCACCCAAGCUGUCUUCAAGUACCUGCUGGAACACUUGUACAGAGUAAGCGAGUUUUCUGCAGACAACAAGAUGACGAGUGAGAACCUGGCCAUCUGUUUCAUGCCCACGCUGAUGCGGCCGGACUUCAGCACCUUUGACAUGGGCGCACAGAGCCAGAAGAUCCUCCUCAUGGAUAACUUCAUCCGACUCACUCCGCAAAUUUACGAGGAAGCCGGGUCAUAACCCCGCCUGAUCGCGAGCGGUGCCGACGGCUCCUUUCCAGCGCGUAGAAUUCCGGAGCAACGUGCGCGAACUGUGCACACGCCAGCGAGGGCUUUGCAUAUGGAGCAGGAGUGUUGUGGCUCGAUUAGGUUGUAUAGUUAAAAUCCCACCAAGUCUUACUUUGCUAGGCAAGUGAAGCUGCACUUUUCACUCAAUCAGAAAGAGGGCGCUUUAUAAAAGCUGAUCUUUUCUGAACCUUGAAACAACACACCAUGAUGCUACCCAGCAAACAUUUCUCAAGCAGGAGUUGUGAAAAUGUCUUUGAGAGAGAACGCUUUUUCCAGCAUCUAUACAAUAUGAUGGUGCAGUUGCUAUGAAAGAAAUUUUAUGAUAUCAUAUUCAAACGUGUUUUCACCAUUGUACAGAUUUACUCUAAUAAUGUAUUAAGUAGUGCUCGAAUGUAGGACAUUACAGUGCACAUAAUCAUACAAAGAGUUGCACUAUUAACACUUUUGGAAGAGUUUUACGAAUCAUUUCCAUUGGAUAAAUUUGGGAGGGGGUAUCCGAAGGGUGACCCCCAAGUGUGCGCGCGAUUGUGUGGUGAAACCUACUUGUUGUUAAUAUCAUUAAUAAUUGCACAGUAAUAUGAAUGGACGGCAAAAGCAUAUUAAAUGCCCAACAUUUCUGAUAAUUGUUUUGUACAUAUGAUGUUUCAGAGUGUCCUUUUGCUGCUUGUCAGGGUGUACUGGGUUUGUAGAGGAUGGUGCAGCUUUUUCGUUCAGUUGUAAACAAUUGUCUCACUUUCUUUAUGCAUCAACACUAAAAUCAUUCUCACUCCCUCUUAUGAAGUGGACAUUGUUACAAAAAUUAAGCUCCAUUCCAACGUGACUCCUUUAGUGUGCUGCUCAGUAGGCUAACUUUAUCAAGAUGGUUUUUUAUACAACUUGUGCAAAAACUUAUUCUGUAUUUCUCUUCAAUGCCUUAAAUUCGUUAAGUGUUCUCCACUGUGCUUUUUUCUCACCAGUUUUGUACAGCAUUUUUUUUUUCUGUAUGCGAAACAUUUUGUUUGGGAAUACAUGUCUUGUUGUGUUAAAUGCAAUGCCAUUGGUUUAUUAUGUACAAAUGAUAAAUAAGGGUGUAUUUGUAAUGAUGUGUAAUUUGGGAAGCCAUGACAUGCUAUUAAAUAUGGAUCAUACAUUGCAACCGUCUUACUGUAUAGGGUUGUUUGAAAGCUUACAGGUUUUGUUGUUUUUUGGUGUUUUAGAUAGGGUCAAUGAUAGGCUAUACCUCCCCAUUUUGCCUACCUGUUUGUGUUCUUCUGUAUGUUUUGUAGCAUGUUUAGGCCAGUCCACUGAUAGCACAGGGACAUACAAGUACUACAGACCACACCAUAAGAAGGCAAAAAAAAAAUGCAAGUCUGCAGUUUUUUGGAUGUUGUUAGAUAAAUGUGAGGAACUCUCUAUGUACAGAUUAUACUGCUUUUAAUAAACUGUACAUUUUAUACCAUUGUAGUCUAACUCACUUAACAAGUUUUGUAUACAUUGUUGUGGAUUCUGUCACUGGAGAAGGAAUUUGUUUCUGUUUCUUGUUCCUUCAAGACUCUUUCAAGUAAGCAAACCAUCAAACGUUUUGUCCAACAGAGCUGUAUAGAUUAUGCAGUUUGUAACACAAAAAGGCAUGUGGUGUACUUUUUCAAAUCUGUCAAUAGAAUGUGGUGACCAAUGGGAAGGCUUGAUAGAUUGACCAAUGAAUGGGCAUGUUAUGAAAGCAGCCUAGAAUAUCUUUGUGGCAGAAGUUGUGAAUCUGUGAUGCAAUCUUUGAAAAGCAUUUUUUUUCUCUGUACAAAAUAAUGCGAGUCUUUACAAUGUUCAAAUUAUAGAUGCAAAGAGUACUAUUGUCUAAAUCACUACAAUGUUACUGAAGAAAUACUACAAUAGCACAACUGUAAUAAGUAUGUCAGAAUACCAUGUGUUUUCCCAUUAACUAUGCUUCACGAUCUUCCAUAGUAAAAUUCCAGGUUUUCCACAGUUUUUGACUAUCGUUUUGUAACUACGAGCACUUUAAUCAAUGAUUCAUGUUGGUGUACUUUUCAGUUACAGUCAGUAGCAUUACCAAAAGAUUGUAUGGAAAAUUGCUUAUGACAAUGUUUUAUUUAUGACAUAUAGUCAACUGCUAAUUAAAAAUACUGGUUUAACGAAAAUACAUGUCCAUGGUACCAUAUUGUUGCUAUGUGAUAAGUUUUGAAGGGUGUACAGAAACAACACAUUGUAAUAGGAACUACGGCCUGCAACAUUCUGUACUUGCUUGCCUCAGCCUGUAGAGUGAGAUCUAACCAUUUUUACUCCAGCGCUACUUCAUUUUUAUACCAUAGUCUGCUAGAAGAAAUAAAGGGCAUG